AUGGCAGCAAUUACAAACCUAGCCAAAAUGAUGCAAGUGAGCACUGUUGUGAUUACUCAUGCUAUGAAAAGGAUGGGGCAUGGGAAUGGAAAUGGUACUGGGAAUGAAGAAGGAACUGGGAACAACUUAAGAGUUUGGCCGAUGACUCUAGUUGCUUUUUUGAAGGUUAACCCGCUGACUUUUAAGGGAUCGACGAACCCUACUGUGGCAGACAGCUGGUUCCAAGCAAUGGAGCGUGUGUUACAAGCUCAACAUGUUUUGGAAAACCAGUUCUUGGAGUUUGCAGCAUAUUUGUUAUUGGGUGAGGCUAAGCACUGGUGGCAAAGAGAGUGCCGACUGAUGCAACUACAAAAUGAGGAUAUUCCCUGGGAGUUGUUUCAGACUAUCUUCUACAAGAAAUAUUUUUUGAAGUCAAUUAAGGAGGCAAGGGAGUUGGAAUUUAUGCAGCUGAAGCAAAUGUUUAUGACUAUAGUAGAGUACGCCAGAAAGUUUGAGGAACUUUGCAGGUUUUUGAGGAUUUUUAGGGUGCUCCCGAGUCCUACGAAGGUUGGAAAUACAUCAAAUACCAAGACAGCUCAGGAUAACAUUAUGAGUGCAGUGGCUCUGCUAGAGAUUAGGAGAUUCUCCGAGUUGGUGAACAAGGCGCGAGUUGUAGAGGACUGUGCCAAGAAGAUUGUUGUGGCAAGAGAUAAUUUUGAAGGUACCAACAAUCAAAGUCAUGGAGUGUACUUUCAACCGAGGGGACCGAACUUCAAAUGGAAUGGACAUGCCCCUCAGUAUCCUCAAGGUCAAGGAAAUUUCGGGAGGAAUAACAAUGCCCAGUUUCACUUGGAAAAGGGAAGCAGUCUAUGCUAUACUUGUGGACUAUCUAGACACAUUGUUAAGGACUGCCAUCGUGGGAAAAACCAAAUUGUGGGUCGGAAUCAACAACUAAUCCGUGUGUUUGCAUUGGAUGUGAGUGAUACGAUGAGAUCAGAUCCUCUGAUAAGAGGUAAGCGUAUAAAGUUGGUUUAG